UUUUUUUUCACUUUUGUUUUUCGCUUAUUAUUAUUAUCUAAAUAUUUUUUAUUCUAUUAUACCCGUGCGGAAAGUCAAGACACUUCGGAGGUCCAAAGUUUUGGCCCCAAAGUUGUCGGCGGUGGUACAAUAUACCAGUGUAGUACUAUAUUUAGCAUUCGGGGUGUUAGAAUGUCAGAAACCGCAGUCGUCUCUACUCAAUUGACAGCCUCGUGAUUAUAUUUCGUACACCGCGGUUUAUUCAAGUAAGUGACCAUUAUAAAUAACUUAUCUGAACGAUAAUUUUAGUUUAUUAACUCGUUGCCAAUGUCCGACACGAUUUCCGAGCAUACGUCUGUCGCUUAAACGAUUUUUCGUGAGUCGUAGUUAGUAAAUAUAUUGUCGACGGUCGUGCCCUCCUCAGUACUUUCUGAUAACACGUUCUGGUUACCCACUGUGAAUUCAAACAAUUUUGAUUAUAUUAUAUAUUAACUAUUUUUAUUUCUUUAUGUGCUCGCGCAUUAUAUUAAUACAAAUUGUAUAUGUUCUAUCCAAUUGUCUUGCCACUGUUUUACAGUAGGUAAUGAAGAAAUGUUUGGCUCUUGUCUGAAAUACUUACCUACCUUUUCAUGCAACAAUGAUAUUGACUAUUAGAUGCCAAUAAAUUUCAUUCCUACAAAUAAACAAUAAACUGUUUUAUUAUGUGUUCUUAAAUCUAUAAUAAGAUCCUGACCAUUCCAAUUUUGUUUCCCGAUUUAUUUAUAGUUAACCAAGGAAAUUUAUUUAAUUUUCAUUAAUAGUUAAUUUGGUUCCUAUCAAUAUUACUACAGGUUAAUUUUAUUUUUUAAAUACAUUAUUCCUACAUAAUAGUGGAACUCGCGUUCUAUUCAAUCUACUUAAAUAACUCCUGUUAGGGGUGUUUUUAUACCUGACUCUUUUAACUCUUAUUGUUACAACAAAGUUUUGCAAAAAAAAAAAAAAAGUAGUAUACAUAAUUAUACCCACGAUAUAAGAGCGCACAGUCAACAUUCAACAAACAUUUAAUGCUCGAGGCAUACAACACAAUUAACUUUCGUGUAGAAAUAGCAUACAACUUGAGUUCCAUAUUAAUUAAUGUGCUUAUGACGUUUAAUAUCAAAUAAAUAUUUUUUAGUGAAAUUAACUUAUGAAUUAUGAUUAAAUAUGUUUUAAUUGUUACCAACAAUUACUUUUCGACUAUAUUUCUAAUGAACAGAAUAACAGAAAUGCAUAUCUACCUCUAUUAACUAUGUUUUCACAAAAAGAUUUUGUUUAGACAAAGUACUACUGGAACCUCAAAAAUACAUUUAGGCUGUAUUGCUUGUUAGAAAGACAAAUGGCAAAUGCAACUAUUACUGAAAUAUUUUUGACAAGGUUUUAUCAUUUGUACACUCAUCUUAAAUUAUCUUAUCGGGGUAGUCGGGCAGAGUACAUUACCUACCUAUUUUAUUGGAUUCAAUUUUUAGUUUUUCGUAUAUUUUUAUGAAAUAUGAUAUAUUUUUCAAUUUAAAUGAUAGAUAUAGGUACUUAAUUAAAAUUUUAAAAAUAAUUUAAACAAACAAAUAAUGAGAAACUUUGAAAUUCUUAACGACCAUUUAGGUAGAUGUUUAAAUUGGGUUGACUCCAAAUAAUUGUAUUGUAAGUUCUUGUAUAAUAACAUUAUUCCAAAAAUUUCUUCUCAUCGAUGAUUUAUUUAAACAUUCUAACUAUAAAUAUUCAUGUAAAUACAAAUAAGAUUAAAACUUCUCUCCUAUUUUAGUAAUGUUUAACACAUUACCAUCUUUAACUCCUUAUAUGUAAACAGUUAUUUGCAAUAACCUUGAUGUCUAGAUUAAACUAAUUAUGAAUCAUUUAUUUAUCAUUUCACUAUUCAUGCAUUGUUCAAAUAAUAAAUACAGUUCAGAGAGCGGAUGCAAAUACCUACCUAAUAUUAUUUAGUGGGAAUCAUUUGUAGGUAGGUAUAACAUGAUGUUAUGUGUACGCAUUCUAAAUUCUGGUCUAAUUAUUUCUUAGAGAAUCAUUUUUAUUUCACACAUUUAAAAUAAUCAGGUACCCUUGAAAAUUAAUUGAUAAGGCAAUAUAUCUAAUGUUUUUAUUACAAUUUUAUUUAUCUUUAACUAUGUAUAUGUAAUUUGUGUAUAAAUAUCUAAUCUAAUUUAAUCAAGUUUAUUGUUUAAUCAAUAUAAAAGUUGUAAUAAUUAUAUUUAAAUGGUUUUAUUUGUUUCUAUACUAAAUAGGAUAGAAUAGAAUUUUUAUACACAUGAAUGAAAUCAUAAAAUGAGUUCAACAAUUUCUCAAUUUAAAUUUUAAAUUAGUUAUUACAAAAGUGGUAGGUACAUGUUUUCUAUGCAAUUUUUUAUGUCUCAUAAUAAAAUAUUACUUUCAAAUUAUAUUAUUGUCAAUGCAGCAUUUCCACAUAAUGAAUUUAUUAGAUCAGUCUUUUAAAUGCUAAUAGGUCAUCUGUCAAUGCACAUAGGUCAUGCUUAAUAUUAUAUAAUAUCUGCACCUAAUUCUACAUUAGUUAACUGUUUAAUUAUAUUGCUAAUUUAAUAUCAGUGGCGCCCAAACUAUACUUCGAGUGUAGCAAUUGCUACGCAUCAUAUCUUGGGUGGAUGGGUGUUCCCGGUAAUUGACAUUUGGGAUAGUCAAGUAGAAUGAGUAUUAUCAUUCAAAAGUUAUACUUUUUAAUUUUCAGGUAGUAAAAUUUAGGUACAAAAGUUUUUUUGAUGGGUUAUGGUUUUGAAUUUCAAAUUCUGCUACACCAUAAAAAUAUAGUUUGGACGCCGUUGUUUACUAUUGUAUAUUUUUAAUACUGAAUUUAUUUCAUUAAGUUAUGUUUUUAUUUUGGGGCUUUAAUUUAAUUUUAUGUACCUAACUAUUUUUUUCUUAUCUUGAAGUUGGUUUUUAUUAAAAAUACAAAAAUUGCAUAUGUGGGCCCAUUAGGCCAUUAGAUUAUUUAUUAUAUGUUUGUAUGAUUGAGCGAAGGGUAAAACUAAAUCAAGUGUCCAAAUACACAUUUAAAGACUAAUAUUGUUAAUUAAUUACUAAAAAUCUUUAUUAUAAGUUAUAAAGAGUUAUAAUAGCUUCACUAUAAAAUGGUAUGAACAAAUAAGCAUCCACAUUAACUAUCAUAUUAUAAUAAUAUGUAUACUAUACUAUAUUUAAUUUAAAACCAUAAUGUCAAUUAUAAAUGUCAUCAAAACCGUCUGUUUUGUCUCGAUAAACAAAGUACUGUACUCGAUGACAUUUCAAUCAUUCUAAAGUUAUUAGUGAUAAUACCUAUUCAUUAUCGCCAACUCUGAUAGCAAAAUUGUAUUAAAUUAUUUUGUUUUAUAUGGACAUUAUGUAAAUGAUUUAUCAUAUUAUUAAAAUUAUUGGUAUUAAUAUUAUCUAAGGGACACUAUCCCAGUACCCAUGAUUACAUGCCCUAAUGAUAUCAGUAAUAGUAAUGGCGUUAUCUUCAUUUUCUAAUCGCAGCCGUUUAAACAAAUAUUUUGAAAUUUGUAGUCAAAAGUGAAUGAAUUUUAAAACUUGCAAAUAAAGGAGGACCAAAACUAAAUUUGUUUGGAAUAAAGUUUUUUAUUUUUUUUUUUCUAUGUAUUUCCAUGAAUUUAAAUAAUUUUUUAUCAUACACAUUCCACAGUUUGUAAGCAAAAAUAUUUACUUUGAAACACCUGCUAAAAUGAAUGAUAAAAAUGAUUCAUGUAUUCUGUUUAAUACCCCUAAAUAGUUUAAGUAAUCUAACCUAUUAUUUUUUACAGUAUAAAAUUUAAAAUUGUUAUUGGGAUUUAUUUUUAUAUUUACUAAAAGUACUUUCUAUUAUAGGUAAGAACAAUAUGUUUCAAUUUAAUGUAUUAUAAUGGUUGAAAAAGAAUACACCAUAGAUAAAAAAUCUACGAAAAUGCAAGCUGUGGCCAUGAGAACAACACAGAGAUCAAUUUCUACUGAGGAAUGCACAACCAGACAAAAGUCUGACGUUAGCAGAGCAGCACGUAAAGCUAAACGAAUACGAUUCCUUGUUAACGGUGAUCGAUUUUGUAAAGGUAAUUUUUAAUUUAUUAAAGUUAGUAUUUUUACAUUUAAAAAUAUUGACCAAAUCCAUCAUAAAUACAAUCAGUAGUAUAGCCAGGAAGGAAUUUGAGUGUUGUACCCCCCCCCCCCUUAAACCCCUCUAGACCAUCCCCAUUAAUAAAUCUUGGCUAUACCACUGAUCUCUCAAAUACCUACCUGCUAUAUAGAUAUUUAGAAUGCAUAUAGUUUAGAAGUAGUAUAAUACUUUUUUUAAAGUGGCUAUUUGUUGAACUUAAUGUGAGCUGAGAUGACCAGUACUAUGUAUUAUUUUAAAACAACAAUAUAAUCAUUAUGUUCAAAAUCUCAAAAUUCAAAUAUUGUUCUAUUUUGUAUUUAUCUUGCAUUGUUUUCAGAAAAAUUAUCAUAUUGAGACAUUUGAAAAAUGAUUUUUGUCAAGUACUGUCCAAUUUUAAAUAAGGCCAAAAAAUAAUAAUUCUAUACACUUUUUACUUGUAUAGAACUACACAUAUUAUACAAUUAAUAUUUCUUUUAUACCGAUGAGAAUUAAAAUAAAAUUUUAUUAGCUAAAUUGUAAAUAUUUAAAAACAAUUUAAUAUUGUGUUUAAUUAUUUUUGAUUUAUACUGCUAUAUUCAUAUUAUUAUUAUAAAAUUUUAACAUAUUUUUAACACAAUCAAAUUAGGUUUUUAUUUAUAAUAGUAUACUGUUUUGUUUUAGGUGUUGUAGUGGCUGUAACUCAUGAACGAUAUCGCUCAUUUGAUAGUCUGUUGGGUGAAUUAUCAAACACUCUAUCUGAGAACAAACACUUGCCCAGUGGCGUACGAACAUUGUUUACUACAGAUGGCCGUAAAAUAUCUCAACUAGAUGAUCUCGAAGAUGGAAAAUUUUAUAUUUGUUCUGGUGGAAAUAAUGCCUCGUUAAAAAAACUAGACUAUGCCGCUUUAAACAACGUUAAACCUUCAAGAUCCUUGACUAAACUUCAAUCCACAAAUACAGUAUUAAGUAGUCCAAGUAAACAACUGCACCUUAAUAUCAGACCUAAAAUUAUAUUUGUGGUGAGAAGUGGUACCAGACCUAGGAAAAUUAUCAGAAUGUUAUUGAACAAACGCAACUCUCCUUCUUUCGAACACGUGCUCACACUAAUAACCGAAUCCAUAAAAUUAGAUACUGGUGCCGUCCGUAAAGUAUAUGUAUCUUCUGGAUGUCAAAUAACACAAUUAGAACAAUUUUUUAAACCAGAUGAUUUGUUUUUCGCAUAUGGGUCUGAACGAGUUUCUCAAGAUGAUUUAAAAUUAGAUUUUGAAGAAAUGAAAAUAGUGCAGUCGCAUAAACGUGGACUGAGGAAACCACCCAAUGAACUGAAAAAUGGAACACAUUGUAUGGAUGAAAGUGGUAAACGAGUACCUCAGUUACCCAAAACUACUAAAGCUAAUCGAAAUAUAACCAGUUCGAUACCUAGCAAAGUUCUAAGCAGGUGCAUAUAUAAUUUAUUUUAUAUUGUAUUAAUUUAUACAAUUUCCAUUAGGUAAAUAAUUAGGACAUUUUUUUUUUUUAUGUAUUUCAUUUGAAAUGUAUUAUUACAUAUUUAUAAUCAUUUUCUUCAAUAGUUAUAAUUUUAUUUUAUUUUUUUCAAUAUUUAUAAUAUCAUUGUUAAUAAAAUAUUUUAUUAAUUUUGCAUUUUUUAUAAUUACAGGUAUACCAUUGGUGAUCGGCUUGGUGAUGGUAAUUUUGCUGUAGUUUAUCGGUGUUUUGACAAACGAAAUAAUUCAGAGUAUGCAUUAAAAAUUAUUAAAAAAAUAGAAGCCCCUCAAAUGAACCAAAUGAUUGAAAAUGAGCUCUCAAUAUUGAAAUCGAUUAGACAUCCAAAUAUUAUCAAUUUAAUAUCAGAUCUAGUAACAACCACAUACGUAUAUCUUGUGACAGAGCUAAUUAGUGGUGGUGACCUAUUUGAAGCUAUUGCCAGGUGCACUGAUUUUUCUGAACGUGAUCUUCGAUUAAUGACAAGGAAUUUAGCCUCAGCUCUAGCAUACCUCCACGGAAUGGACAUUGUUCAUAGGGAUGUGAAACCAGAAAAUCUUCUAGUUGAGUUUGAUGAUGAUGGCCAUGUACUGCACUUAAAAUUAGCCGAUUUUGGGCUGUCUCAAAAAAUCACUGAACCUUUAUAUAUGGUGUGUGGUACCCCUACUUACGUUGCUCCAGAAAUUCUCACUCAGGAAGGUUAUGGUGUGAAAAUUGAUAUCUGGGCUGCUGGGGUGAUAUUAUAUAUACUGUUAUGUGGCUUCCCACCAUUUGUUGCUGAAAACGGCAGUCAAGAGGAACUGUUCGAUGAUAUAUUGAGUGGAACCUAUGGUUUUCCAGAUCCAUACUGGGAUAAUGUAUCUGAAGAAGCCAAAGAUUUGGUUUGCUCAAUGUUACAGUCCAAUCCUAGUUUGAGAUUUUCUGCCGAAGAUGUCCUUGAUCAUCCAUGGUGCGAUGAAUACGAAUUGUGAUGAAUAAUUACUUCCAUUUAUUAUUUUAAAUUUUAAUUGUUGCCAUUGUAUGUAAUAUUUGGUUAAUAUAAUUUAUUGUUGUUCCAGAAUAAUAAUAAAAUAAAAACUAGACUUGUAUAAGUGUUUCGAUAUAUAUAAAUUAUUUUUAUUAUAAAGUUAUGAAUUUUUUUUUUUUUUUUGUCAUGUAGUUAAAGCAAUUUUAAAAAUGAUGUUUUAGUUGCAUUGAUCAAUUAUUUUUACUAUGUAUUAAUUUGUAGUCUGUUUAAAUGAAGCCAAAAUAAUUAGACCCUUCCUAUUUUGAUAUUGCAGUCAAAAAUUAAAGUGAUACUAUUAUUAUAUUUAUUUAUUUUUUUUUUUUUUGAUAAAUCCAUUUAUCUAAAUUUAAUUUACACGUCACAAAAAUGUGAUAAGUUUGUUUGUUUAAAAUUAUUUAUGAAAGCCUUUCUUUAAUUGUAUUCAAUUAUUUAGUAUUUAUUUUUUAGUAUUUCUCUAGUUUACCUUUUUGAAACAAUGUAUUGAUGUUUUUUUUUUAAUAGCUAUGAAGGAGUACGAAACAAUUUACCGGUAUUAUUAUGUAUUUUUAUACUUUCAAGACUGAUUUUUUCAUAAAAGAAAAUAAUUUGGCAAUUUAUAUUUUCCAUUUUUUUUUUUUUUUUUUGUUUCUUAGAUCAUAUUAUUUGUUAUUAUCAGAUACUAAUCAGAAUUAUUUUAGAUCUUAUUAGUAUAUUUCUUUCUAAUAUUCCUUAGAUUACAAUAAUUUGAAAAAAUUACAUCCAUGUAGAUCAGUGGUGCGCAACCUUUUUUUUAUCCAGGAUCCCAAUAAUUAUUUUGAUGAUACAACCCUUCUUCCAACCAACAUUAUGUAAGUAUAUAAUAUAUACUUGCUUAAUAUUCUUAAUGUAUACACAAAUUGUAUUUAUACAAAUUAAAUUUUUAAUUUUUUGGCAACUUUAAUAUUUCUUUAAUUUAAUUAUUUCAAAACAUAAAAAAAAAAAACGCAAAAUUACUGAAGUUAAUAUAAUUAUAAUCAACGUUUUAAAAUGUUUAAAAUUAUAAAAUUACUAGGUAUUACAUGAUUUAAUGAUUUUAAUGAGAGACCUGAGCUUGUAUUGUAGACAUAAUUGAUUCUAUGUUUGAUUUGAUAUUUGAUGCUGCAACUCUUAAAUAAAUAUAUAAAUAAUUAUGUAAAAUAAUAUACACAGUAUAUAACUUUUUCAUUUUGUGUUAAAUUAUUGUUGACUCCCUAAUAAAAUUUUGUGCACCACUGGUGUAGAUAAAUCACUAGGUAUUAGGUAUGUGUAAUUAUUAUAUUUUAUGUUGUAUAUUUUGAAUAUUUUGUGCUUGAUAAUACAGUCAACUAGUGAUACUUAAUGAAUGAAAUUGGCAUUAUUUUGAAAAUCUCAUAGUAUAAUGAAAAUUAAAUGAACGGUUCCCUUGACAUGAAAAAGUUUUUUUAGCCAACAUUUUCUCAAUAUAACAAAUUUUUCCAAUUCUCAAACUUUGUAUUACAACAUUUUAAUUGCUAUUAACAUAUGAUAACAUCCACUACCUUAUGGUAUUAGCUCCACUAAUAUCAGUAAGUGUAUAAAGAUUCCACUUUCAAAUUUAAAUUUAGUUCUAUGAAAAAUACACAAAAAUUAAAACAUUUUAUUUUAUUUCAUUUAAUUGUAUCAAAAGUGCAAAAACCCGUCGAGCGUAUCAUGAAUUCAAAACGAAAAGUGUCUCAAUUUCUGACCAGAAGAAACUUAUUUAAGCGGUACAAAGUGACAAAAAGAAAAAAGACAAACCAAGAGUUUUUGAAUCCCUUCUCUGUCGUUUUUUACUACACACGAAGUGUCCAAUCCCAAUGAAACCACCCCACAACUCCAUUUUUUGGCGAAGACAAAUCUUGGUAAACAACAAAGCAAAAAAUAUAUCUACACAAUUGAGUGCAACAAACAUACCUACUACUCCGGUACUUAGUAUUCAAGUCAUUAGUAAAAAUGCAGUGGUCAAUUUUUGAGAAGUGCAACAGUUAACUCCGGAGAAUAAAAAUCCAACAACAAAACAGUGGUGUACGAUUAUAUUAUACGUAUGGGUAUGAUUUAGUUUUGCAAUUCGAAUACCUAGGUAUUUUUUGUUCGGUAAAAUAGAUACAACAAAAUAACUUUAAUAAAUUAGGGUACCUACGUAGGCGGUAGGUAUGUAGGUUAACUAUACGUAUUAUUCAUAAUUCGUUCCUAGUUCCUGUAUCGAUAUUCGAGUAUCCAUCCGCGGAUCCAGUUCUUGAUGUGCUUCCUGGCCUGGAUCACGGAUUUCGGAUCGUUGGGGUUGGACGCUCUCAGGUCCAAGUGGUGCGCGGCAUCCGGUAUGAGAAACGCGCGGACGGUGGACGACACGCUCUUCAACACGCCGCCACUGGACCACGGGUCCAACAUGCCGUUGCUGUAAACCGACAUUACCGAUUAGACACC